AUGCGACAGGUAAUCGAGGACCUCGUCAAUGCUGACUACUUGGUAGCUCCCCACCCGGAAGCGCAGCUUGUACCAAAUACCGACGCCAGUCAGUACGCAGUAGGAGCGGUAUUGGGCCAGGUCAUCGAUGGCAGGUUGGAAGUGAUCGAGUACGGUAGCAACGAGAGAAAGAGAGUUGCGGGCGGUCAAAUACUUUGUGACCAAGUGGUACCCUUACGUACGGCUAAGACCCACCCUGAUCCUUUCCGACCACCGCAAUCUCACUUUCCUGGCGAAGGCUGA